GUCUGUUUUUCUGCGGAAUUACUACGAGUCGCGCGCUGUUUUCAUGACUUGUUUUCCUCGCGCGUUUGUUAUGCGUUCGCUCGGCUUUCUCGGGAAGUAGGAUCGCUCUUAGUAAGACCGCGUCUGGCUCGAUUGCGAUUCUCGGGACGAACUUUAACGUCCAACAUGUCAAAAGUGCGCGUCUCCAAUGGAAGCCCGACGCUGGAGAGAGUGGACGCGAGGCAGGCGGAUCACGCCAAACCGCCGGUCUGCAGAAACCUCUUCGGCUCCGUGGAUCGCGCAGAGUUCGCGAGGGACGUCAAGGAGCAAAUGCUGGCCAUGGAGAAAGCGUCCAAGGACAAAUGGAAUUACGACUUCGCCAAAAACGAGCCCCUCGCGCCUGGCGACUACGACUGGCAGGAGGUGGACGCGAAAGAGGUGCCGGAGUUUUACACCAGACCGCCUCACGCAAAACGGGAUACCUCGACCGGGACUGUGGAUCACAACGGGAACCACGACUACUUGUUGACGACGAGCGUACAGGGGGACUCGGACAACGCGGAGCACGGGAGUCGCUCGGAUUGCCGAACGGCGCUGACCACGCCGAGAAAAAGACCGUCGACAGAGGAUCAGGAUCUUCCUUGCCAAAGCAAAAGAGCCAACGUCCAAGCGACCGAGGCGAACUGCUGCCCAGAGACGAGGUCGCACGCGCCCAGCAAGUCGGAUCCCAAAACGUAA